AUACAUCCAAAAAGAUACACUUAUGCACAAGUGAAAAGAAUGACGACGUCUUUCGCUGGAAAACUAGGUCAAGGUGGUUUUGGUGCUGUUUACAGAGGAAGCUUCUCUGAUGGCCGUCAGAUAGCAGUGAAGAUGCUAAAGGAUUACAAGACCGAUGGGGAGGAUUUCAUCAAUGAGGUGUCUAGCAUUAGUAGAACAUCUCAUGUCAACAUCGUUACCCUCAUAGGAUUUUGCUUGGAAGGUUCCAAAAGGGCACUCAUUUAUGACUAUAUGCCUAAUGGUUCACUUGAAAGGUAUGCGUUCACAGAUGACUCUAAAGGGAAAAUUACUCUAGGUUCGGAGAAAUUAUUUGAUAUAGCAGUUGGCAUUGCUCGAGGACUUGAAUAUCUCCAUCGAGGCUGCAAUACUCGCAUUGUCCAUUUUGAUAUCAAACCCCAUAACAUUUUGUUGGAUCAAGAUUUUUGUCCUAAGAUAUCUGAUUUUGGAUUGGCCAAGUUGUGCCCUAAUAAAGAAAGUGCUAUUUCUAUUGGUGGUGCUAGAGGGACAAUAGGCUAUAUUGCCCCCGAGAUCUAUUCUAAGCAAUUUGGAGCAGUAAGUAGCAAAUCUGAUGUCUACAGUUAUGGAAUGAUGGUUCUUGAGAUGGUUGGGGCAAGGGAUAAGAAUAUCAGUGCAAACAGUGAAUCUAGCAGCCAAUAUUUCCCACAAUGGGUUUAUGAAAAUUUAGAUGAAUAUUGUGUUAGUGCUUCUGAAAUUAAUGGUGAGAUCAUAGAGAUUGUAAGGAAGAUGAUAGUGGUUGGGCUAUGGUGCAUACAAUUAAGCGCUAAUGAUCGUCCAACAAUGACUAGAGUCCUCGAGAUGCUAGAAGGGAGCACACAUGUCCUUGAAUUGCCACCAAAGGUGCUGUUUAGUUGA